AUGGACUCACCUCUUAGUAAGGAGGCCUCCUCCAUUGAUACCAUCACCGACAGCCUGACGCCAUCGACCACAGCAACCAACCCUCCCUCAACCACGUCGAAGCCACAUCCCAAACGCACCUUGUCCGAUACAGCGGAACCGACCACCUGCCCAUCCAUAUCAUCGUCAUCUCCUCUCGCCACACCAAGCAAAGAUACAGAUAGCACAUCACCCAGCACCGCCUCAGCAACCACCCCGCUGAGCAGCCCACAGGCCACGCCAAGUCCUACCGCUCACUUGUCUGUCAUUAUCAAGUCGAGACAGCCCACCACACCCGUCAUUCCCGACUCACUUUCCACAGACACCCAGGGCACCACAAUCUCCAAGCCAAAAAUCAUCAUCCUCCACCAUGACACCGUCAUUGAUGGCCGCCGCAUCAUCAUUCGCACAAUUCAGAACUGUUUCGCCGCCAUUCUCGGCCCAAACGCCUCACAACCAAGUGAGACCGCAAUUCUCAACGCUUUUGCUCAUAAUGCUACGCUUGGGGAAGCCCUUGGUCAGCUUGGUGCUUUCAAGACUUCCGGCAAGCCGGACUUCUUUUCAGCUGCAGCAGAAGCAGCCAACUCAGACACAGGUACCAAAUCAAGCUCCAAAGGUAAAGGCAAAGCCAAAGCCACAGACCCGAGCACGCCUACCCAAGAGGAACAACAAUACGACUACCAGCACGCAAUCGCUCUCUGGACACAGGCCUACCUCCACUAUAUCCACGAAUUCCUUUCCGAAUUUGACAUUUACCCGGACCUAGAGCCCUUCGCCAAGCAGAUGAAACAGCAGGACGUUAACGUGGUUAUUCUCAUCGCGCAGGAUGGCUUUGAAUCUUCUUCUUCACCUGAGCAGACCUCAAGCACAGACGGAGACAAAGAUGGGAAGAGCAAAAAGAAGAAGAAGCAGCAGCAGCCUGCAACGCCGGCACCGGGCGUAAAGAUCAUCCAAGAACUGAUGAGACGCAUGGGUGUCACGGCUGCUGGCAAAGGGGCUAGGGGGUAUCAGGGUCAAGGAAGACAGGCAGUAGUAGGUGGAGCGACAGCGGUGGUGGUGGUGGGUGGGAUUUAUGCUUCUGGUAUUGAGGGGGAGGCGGUUGCGAGGGUUUGGAAAGGUGACAUUUUGCCUGGAUUUAUCACGCCUCAGAUCGCCCAGGAGGCAAAUUUGGGCGGCGGUAAAGGUGAUGCCAGCAAGGAAACGGACGCGAAAAUAGGUACAGUGGCGGCCGAUUCCCCGGCGAUGAGAAAAGACGAAGUUCUCUUUGCCUGCUGCUCAAAGCAAUACCUUGGCCUGGCAAGGGCUAUUGGAGCAACGGCUUGCUGGAUUACUAGGUGCGAAGACAAGACGGCGGGUAAGCGACAGGCGGAUAUCGUUGUUGAGGAUCUGGAGAAGUUGGGUCAACUUGUUGUUGGCGACAGGGUAUCCAAUGGCAAAGGAGAGGAGUCCGUGGUGGAUGCUAGACACAGCAGGCAGCGAGACGAAAGCGGUAUCAGCACCAGCGAGAAGAAGAAACAGACGCCAAAGAACAAGAGCACGACAAUUACGACGGAGGAUAUCGACAUGCCUGACGCUGACUGCAACAAUGGAGCCACAGUGGACCAAAAGAUCGAAGAGACACAGGAUGAUGGAAGUGAGGGAAAGAGCGAACGUAAACUGGCUUCUUCCAAGGCAAUGAAAGUCGUCAAGACCGAGCAUGUCGAAAAAAAGAGUGUGGCUACUGUGAUCCAGCAAAAGGGGUCUACUGGCAAGAAGAGAACGAGGGAUGAUGUGGAAGAGUGGCUACCGGUGGAGAUGGGAGGGGAAGAUGUUCCGGUUGUGGAUCUGACGGAGGAACCUUGA